UGACUAUAAUUUAUUGGGGGCAGUUGGCCAUUCCAUUCUCUAUAAAUUUGCAUUAUUAGACUGACUUUCACUUUUGGGGUACUCGGGAGUUUCUGGCUGCUGCUCUGUUUGUCUUUUGGUCGUCGAUAGUGAGUUUUCUGAAAAGAUAACAUGGAGGACAAGUGUGCAAUCAAGAAAGAUGUUACUGAAUUGAUAGGAAAUACACCAAUGGUAUAUCUCAACAAUAUUGUUGAUGGCUGUGUAGCCCACAUCGCUGCCAAGCUUGAGAUGAUGGAACCCUGUUCUAGUAUUAAAGACAGGAUUGCGUACAGUAUGAUUAAAGAUGCAGAAGAUAAGGGUUUGAUUACUCCAGGGAAGACUGUGCUCAUUGAGCCUACUAGUGGUAACACUGGCAUUGGAUUGGCAUUUAUCGCAGCAAUCAAGGGUUACAAACUUGUACUUACCAUGCCAGCUUCAAUGAGUCUUGAGAGAAGAAUUGUGCCCCUUGCUUUUGGAGCCGAGUUGUACCUUACAGAUCCUGCCAAGGGCAUUUUGGGGGUUUUUGAGAAGGCCAAUGAGCUACUAAGUAAUAUACCAAAUAGUUAUAUACUUCAUCAAUUUGAAAAUCCUGCCAACCCAAAGAUCCAUUAUGAUACCACUGGUCCAGAGAUAUGGAGAGAUUCAGGAGGGAAAGUUGAUGCACUGGUUGCAGGGAUUGGGACUGGGGGUACUAUAACUGGUGUAGGGAAUUUCCUCAAGGAGAAAAACCCAGAGAUCAAGGUGUUUGGGGUAGAACCAGCUGAAAGCGCAGUCUUGAAUGGAGGACAGCCUGGCAAGCAUCUGAUCCAAGGAAUUGGUGCUGGUAUUAUCCCUACUCUUCUGGAUGUCAACCUGCUUGAUGAGGUUAUUGAAGUAUCAAGUGAGGAAUCUAUUGAAACUGCUAAGCUGCUUGCCUUGAAAGAAGGUUUGCUGGUGGGGAUUUCAUCUGGUGCUGCUGCAGCUGCUGCAAUAAAGCUGGCUAAGAGGCCAGAAAAUACUGGAAAACUGAUUGUUGUGAUUUUUCCAAGCUUUGGAGAGCGUUAUCUGUCGUCCACACUCUUUGAUUCCAUUAGGCGUGAGGCAGAAAACAUGACCUUCGAUUGACCGAUGAUGAAUAUGUCUGAAAUUAUGGGAACUUUUGUAUUUAAAUAAGUAAAAAAUGAUGAGAAAAUUUCCCUAUUUUUUUUAUUUUUCAGCAGAACAUUUUACGUCGUCACAAGAAUAAAGUCAGAUUGGUAAAUCAGAAUGCUUGGGGAAUAGAAAUGACGGGGGCCGCGCGAACGCAGGCCCCCACUAGCACAAAUUAUGACGUAGACUCUGCCGCUUGGGCAGAUCUUAGGCAAGCACCCCUCCAGAGUGCAAUGGAGGUCACUAGCCUAGGCCAUGGGCCUUCUGGAUUACCCAUUGACCCCGUCCAGGUAAGUAUGUUUGAAUGGUGCUCCUCGCUCCUUUUUUAUAGCCGCGCCGCUUCGCCUCUCCUUCAUUGUUUUCCAUGUGGGACUGAAGCAGCCUCGGACUUUUUAGCUUGAAUAAGGAGUAAAUCACAUAAGGACAAAUAAUUAGGUUACCAAGGAGGCUUUACAGCCUUUACUGCCUUGUCUGGUUGUUUUUCAGCAAUGUACUACAGCAUACGUGCCUUUGGUAUUUUUAAAGGUGUAUAGAUUUAGUC